GCAUGGGCUCAGGGAGCAAGAUUAAGUUCGCUGUCUGUGAAGUGCUGCAGUUCGCCGGCUUCUGCGUUCCACUUUUUAUCAUAAUGCAACGUUUUGCCCUCAUUGUAGCUCGAGUGAAGAGCCAAUUGCAUCCCACAGGUGGGAAUUCUACAACAGCUUAUUGGCUGAUUGUGGCUUCAUCUGUGGCCUAUGUGACAUCAAUGGCGAUGCUGAUCUGGCUACCUAUGAAGUACAUGGUGUUUAUGAAGAAGAAGGCACUGGUUGCUCGGAAGAAGUGGAGGCCUGUUGCUUUGGCUUAUGUGCUCCUCUCAAUGCUGCCCUGUUUUGCAUUCCUCAUAGCCAGCUCUGAGGUGCAGAUUAGAAAUGAUUUGAGGUUGGAUACAUUUGCUGAACUGCCAGUUUCACUCGUUCUUUUCUCCCUAAUCUGCAUCGAUAUAGUGGAAAGAAUCCGGCACUGCAGACUUACUGGCCAAGCUAAUGAACUGGCACGGGAUGCCGAUAUCCCCACUACCAUGCUUACACAUGUUGGAGGAGUUACUCAGAUUGUCACUCCUACGACAGGCCCAUCACCUGCAGCAACUAAUGCCAGCGCAGUCACAGAGCAUGGCGUAGUGGGAGCGAACGGGAUCGUGCGAGGACUGCCUGGCAAUGCCACUGGUAUACCUGCCAAUGGGAAUGUCCCGGGUCACUCGGGCACCACAACAGUCACGGGGUUGCCCAACAACGGAACAGUUCCAGGCCAUCUCGCCAGCAUGGUGGUUCCAGGGUUGCUCAGCCAUGGAGCAGUCACAGGGCUUCAAGGCAACACAACAGUUCCAGGGUUGCCCGGAAAUGGUGCAAUUCCAAGAUUACCAGGCAACCAAGGGCAGCCGUUUGGCAUUAUGGGAAUUUGUCCACAGUCAGGCAUACCCUUCCAGAACUUUACAAAUGCCCCACCAUAUUCUGGACCACUCGGCUUUCUCCUGGCUAGUGACGCCCGUGCUGAGGUUUUUGCGGACAGUUUCUUGUUCUGGUUGGACACUGUUGAGAUGGUUCGGGUAGCGAGCCACACCCCUGUGUAUUUUUCGGGCUGGGCAUUACCAGUUUACCUCUUCUGCUUCCUCUCCACAAUGCGACUGGUUCUAACCCCACACAGUCCCCUCCUUUCACCUCUGGGCGUGGCCCUUCAAGAUCUACCCUUCCUGAUCUUGAGGAUGGCAUUGAUUGCUAUAUUUGGUUUUGUAACGCCCUUACUUUACCUGAUGAAGAAUCUGCUGGUGUGCCUGGCUUACAUCUACUUCAACUUCAUGACAAAACUGAGGGUCUUCAACACUGAGAGGAUGUUCUAAUGGAUCUGGUUAGGUCUCAGUCGCCCACACAUGAUGAAAACUGGCAAAAUAUACAUUACAGUGGCGCAAGAAUGAAUAAUGGGAUUGUUAACAGUCUCAAGAGCACUGAUAAGAAGACAAUUUAAGAACAAAUGACAUGGUUAAAAAGUGGUCCCAACAUAUGAUGCUGGAACCCAACAUGGGAUGCACGUUUGCUGGUGUUCCCACCAGAACGGCAAGACAUAGUUGGUCAACUAGCCUCACCAGAAGGACUACUCUGGUUGACCAGAAUUUUUUGUUGGUGAAAAGCAUGGCUAUACUGGUCCACCAUCUACAUCAGAAUCAAAAUGGCACUAAAAAAUACAAACCAAUCUGAACCAGCAUGGAAAUCCUGGUCUUUUCAUCACAGGAUUUCAAAAUAGUAUACUGCAUAGGAGGAGAAGUUGGGCUUCUCAAGAAUGACAUUUCUUAGGAUUAGGAAAUCUUAGAAACAUGUGGACAAAAAUAAAGGGACAUCAGGAUAGUUAAAUAGCAAUUUCAGUGGACCUGAAAAGAAUUAGAACCUUUAUUUUUGCACUUUACAGAUUUGACAAAGCGACUGUUAGUGAAUUUCUUGUUAUUUUAAUGUACUGAAUGUGCUAAUCAUUUAUAUUCAACAAAUAUUUUAUAUCUGAGAAGUGUGAUUUUUAUUUUCUUACUUAUUUUUACAGUUUCUGGUUUUGUUUGGUUCUAGCACAAACCACUACCACAGCUCAGACAAAUUUCAAAAUGUUCUUUUCUCUCAA